UUAGGCCAGGCUUUCACGGUCUGUAUUUGUAUUGAAAACUAAAAUAAAGCGAACCUUUUGACUUUUUCAUCUACGCGGUUUCUGGAUGAGCUCCCCUUAGACUUUUUCCUGAACGUGAUUUUGCUAAUAGAUACAAGAUAGCUAAAUAAUGAUAUUAGAAAAUAGAUUAAUCGUUCAUCCACCCAUGCGCGUCACUUAUAAGGCCUUUGAUGACGAGGCGUUUGUCGAGUCGGGGGGAGGGGGGGGGGGAUACCAAGGAAGAGAGACUCGGGAAGACGGAAAAUAAACACCCUACAUACAUACCUAUAAUACUGCUCCUUGCUGCAAACCUCACCAAGAAGUAGAAGGAAUAGGCACACUGCUAUGCUCACCGAUAUUUGAGAACAUGCUAGAAAAAGAAACAUCAAAAGCAAAACGUAUGAAAAACGGAUAGCUCAGAACAAUUUCCAAGAUGGAUUUACUCAUGUCCCCAGUGCAGAAAAUGUUAAAAGACUAUGAAACGGCCAAACGAGACCCAAGAACAAAAGACUGGCUUCUUAUAGGAAAUUCACCUUACAGUGUCUGGCUUAUCACAGUAUUAUAUGUAGCAUUUGUAUACCUUGGACCAGUAUUCAUGAAAAACAGAAAGCCAUUGCAAGUGCAAGGGUUGCUGGUGGCAUACAACAUGGGUCUGGUUGUUUUGUCUGCUUACAUGGUGAUUGAGAUACUUUUGAGUUCCUAUGCUGCCAAUUAUGGCCUGCUUUGUGCAGAAUACGAUGUAGAAACUGUAGAUGUGAAUGAUCCCAGAGAGUUGAGGGUUGCCAAAGUUUUAUGGUGGUACUUCUUCUCCAAAGCCAUUGAACUGAUGGACACUGUCCUAAUGGUGUUGAGGAAGAAGAAUGACCAGGUUACCUUUCUUCACUGGUUUCAUCACAUCUCUAUGUUAAAUAUAUGGUGGUGGGUCAUGGUGUUUGCACCAGGAGGCCUGUCAUCCCAUGGAAGCAGCCUGAACUGCCUAGUCCAUGUUGUGAUGUACCUCUACUAUGGACUGUCAGCCAUACCUUCUGUAAGAAAACAUCUCUGGUGGAAAAAAUACAUCACAAAAUUCCAGCUGAUACAGUUUUGUAUCACUCUGAGCCACACACUUAACUCAUUUAGAAACCAAUGUCACUAUCCAGCAUGGGGAAAAUACCUCCUGACUGGCUACAUGGUUCUCAUGCUGAUUCUUUUCAUGAAUUUCUAUGUUCAUGCCUAUUUCUUCAAGAAGAGAAUCCAUAUAAAAACUGAUCAUCAUAGCAAUGGUGCUACAAAUGGGCAUGCCAAAGGAGGCGAUGGACAUAUUAAGAAUGGCUACAUUUCUCUGAAAGCUGAUUAAUGAUUUCAUACAUUGUUAAAACUUAAGUGUUUUUGAUAUGCUUCAACCACUUACAAAAAGUAAGUUUUUCUGUAGGAAAAAUUAUGGUGCCUUAAAAUAUCACCUCUAUAUUUUGUUGAGAAUUUACAGUGUAAAACAAAAGCACUGGUGGCAUUAUUUUUGAUUUUUUAAAUUUUUCGACUGUUUGAGAGGAAAGAAUGCAACUAAUGGUUGUUAUUGAGUCCCAUUGGGUGUGUGUAAGAACAUUUUAAAGGGGUUUCGGCAGAUAAAAUGUCAGAAACAAAACAGUGUUAAAGGGUGUCUUGCCCUUGUACAUUCACAUGCACUGGGCAAAGAUGGGCAUAUGCUUGACCUGUAGCCUGCGUGACCUUCUUGUAAUAUUUGUUUAUCAUGUUUAUUGUUCAGUGAAGAUAUUAGAGGAAGGAACUCAUGGAUUUGACAUCUUUUGGUAAGAAAUGUAAGACUUUUUGUCUUUAUGAGGAAUUUUUCAUGCUUUAAAGUAACAAGUUUGUCACUUGUCAGUUGUCACUGCUUUGCAACUGUUGCUACUGCUUUUUUUUUUCAAACAAGAAUGGACACAUAUUCAUGAUAAAUGAAGGAGUAUAUUUUGUUUUACUUGGUUAAAUUCAUUAGACAUCCCUUUUUCAGUUUUUUAAAGAUUGCAUUCAGCUUGCAUAUUAAUGGGUCAGCAGAAGUUAUUUUUACAGCUGGUUGAUUACAUUUCAAUGUUUAGAUGUACAUUGGAUAUAAUUAUUGUAAUUUUCAUUUGCUGUGAUAUAAUAGAACUUUUAUAUGUGUACAAAUGUAUCAGUUAAAUUAGUACCAAUUAAUGAAUUCCACUAGUCUUUACAUUUGCAACAAUUGUAAGUGCUUUAUAUUUCAUGUUGUCUCGUACUAAAACAAUAAGUGCAAGUUGUGCCAUAUUUUAAGGCAUUUUAUCUUCAUUUCCAUGCUAUUUUCCAUUAUAUUUAUAUAGUUCAUGCUGUGGAAUCAUUUGCAAAUGGGACGGGACUGAAAAGUCUGGGAUUCCAGGAAUUGUCCAAUCACUUUGCUUUGAAGUGGUAAUUACCCCUGAUCUCUGCUUUAUCUUUCUAUGGGUCCAUUUUUCAUUAAAACCUUUGAUAUGAUAGUGUGCCCCAUUUGUUUUGUUAAUAUAGUUGCAAUAGACGUUGUUAUAAAUUACUAAGUCACUGAAGAAUUUUAUAAAAUGUUCAUUUUUUCAACUGUAUAGAAGUGGUUUUAUGGUAAUUUGUUACAAUUAAACUGUAUGUUCUUUUCCAUUUUUGAUAAUUUUAACUAGACAUGCAUGAAUAGUCAAAAUAUCUCUUUAAUAUGCCUUUAAUGUUCUUAGGCUAGUCUAUGUUGAUAAAGACCAACAUAACUGGUAUUAUCACAGAGGCACCUGCACCUACAUACAUGUGUAAAAUACUUGGUUUACAAUCCAGCAGAAAGUGCCAACUUUUUAAAUCCUUAAUUAGAUAAUUUAUCUUGAAAUUGAAUUAAAGAAUAUAGGAUUAAGAUGCUCUGUCAGAACACACAAUAGUUCAAUGUCCUACUUAAAAUAAUUUGUACACACAGAAUGUAUGCUUCACAACUUAAAAAUGUUCAAAUUCAGGUUGUUUUUAUAUUCAACACACAGCUACAAUGAAAAUCGUUGACAUAAUUUGUUGUCAUAUUUUUUUGUUUUAACAUCUAAAUAUAAAAUUCUUAUAGUUAUUUAACCUGAAUUUCCAGUUUAAUCCGUUUGACUUUGCAACAAUGUUUCUAUGACCUUCCAUUAAUGAUACCUCAAUCUGUCAAGAUAAGCAGAUGUUUGUGUUGAAAACCAUUGUUUCAAUAUAUUUUUAGCAUUAUAGGCCCCUUUUACAAGCAUGUUCUAUGU